AGAGACACAGAAAGAGAGAAAGAGAGAGGGAGGGAGAGAGGGAGGUCUGUCUCCAUGUUGUGAUGAUUGUGAUGUUUUGCUUCUCCUUCUGUAAUCGCAUGUGGCGCGCGGACGCGUUGAAUGAGGCGCGUGAAAUCAGACGCGUUGAAUGAGCGGCGCGCGGAGGAUUAUCAUCAUCAUCAUCAUCACUGAUGUCGGGAGACAAACACUGAUAUGGCGAUGGGUUCUGAAUCCGAGUCUCCCCACGACUGUCUGCGUGGACGAUGUCUGGGCUUCCUCAGGCGGAUGGAGAUUAACUCCCGCUUCCGCUAUUAUUUCCAGCACCCGUGGUCCCGUCUGGUCGUGGCCUACCUGGUCACCUUCUUCAACUUCCUGGUCUUUGCAGAGGACCCAGUGUCGCACAGCCAGACAGAAGCGCAUAUGAUCGUAGUGGGAAACUGCUUCUCAUUCGUGGUGAAUAAAUAUCCCGGAGGAGGCUGGAACGUCCUCAAAGUCCUGAUGUGGAUCCUCGCCAUCAUCACGGGCCUCAUCGCCGGGAAGUUUGUGUUUCAUCGACGCUUGUUUGGUCGCCUACUGCGUCUGAAGAUGUUUCGUGAAGACCACGGCUCUUGGAUGACCAUGUUUUUCACCACGAUUCUCUCGCUCUUUGUCUUCUCUCACAUCUAUAACCUCCUCCUGCUCAUGAGCGGACAGAUGGGUCCUCACAUGGUGACGGAGUACAUGGGCAUCAGGAACGAGAGUUUGAUGAAGAUGGCUGCUGUAGGGACAUGGAUGGGGGAUUUUGUGACGGCGUGGAUGGUAACAGACAUGAUGCUGCAGGACACUCAUUACCCGGACUGGGGCCGGACCGCGAGGCACUUAUGGAGGCAAGGUCACAACCGGAUCGUGCUGUUCUGGACGGUGUUGAUCUCUCUGACCUCUGUGGUGGUUCUGGUCAUCAGUACGGACUGGAUCCGGUGGGAUAACCUGAACCGCGGGUUCCUGCCCAGUGACGAGGUCUCCAGAGCCUUCCUCGCCUCCUUCAUCCUGGUCUUUGACCUCCUCAUCAUCAUGCAGUGUGUUUGUUGGAUCUUCUCCUUCCAGGACUGGGAGUUUCCUCACUUCAUGGGCGAUCUGGACAUGAACCUCCCGGGCCUUUCCACCACCCGGCUGAAGAUCAGACUGCCCUUGUGCAAACGCAUCUUUAAAGAGGAAUAUCACAUUCACAUCACGGGUAAAUGGUUUAAUUAUGGAAUCAUCUUCCUGGUCCUCAUCCUGGACCUCAACAUGUGGAAGAACCAGAUCUUCUAUAAACCCUAUGAAUACGGUCAAUACGUAGGUCCAGGAGAGAAGAUCUACACCGUGGAGGAUCCGGAGACGCUGAGGGACUUCAACCGCAGCACGCUGACCUGGGAAUGGCGCUCCACCAACAUAGACCCCCGCACCAACCGGACGUACGUCCAGAGAGACAUGUUCCUUCACAGCCGCUACGUAGGCUCCAGUCUGGACGUGAAAUGCCUGGCGUUCAUCCCGAGUCUGGCGGCUUUUGUGCUCUGUGGGUUCUUUAUAUGGCUGUUUGGCCGUUUCCAAGACAGCGAGACGUUCCCUGAGAGCCCAGACAAGAGCUACGAGCGCAUCAAGCGCAAGUCGCCGUCAGAUCCGGGAGUCACGCCAGAGGAAGUGCACAUCACCAUGACUGAGGCCUUUAAGAGGAGCGGGACGCCCAUGUUGCUCUUGGUUGACACUCAUCAUUUCGGGUCAUCGAACAACUCCAUGUCACCGUGUUCAAACGAGACCCAGGAGACCCAACCCAGCGUAGCAGCUGACAGCGGCGCCCAUGAGGAUACCGCUGAUGUCAAAAAGCUGACCCCAUGACUGUAGCCAAAGGUCAGAUCGACUCUAGGAAUACUUUCUGAGAUCCUCAACAUUGUUUGGUGUCGGGUUAGUCCAACAAACUUCCAAAAUAUGUUGCUAAUUGGUAGGGCUGCAUCCUAAUAGCCGACUAAACGUUAGUCGUCGAGAAGAGGCUUAGUCAACCAAAAUUUCAUUAGUUGGUUAGUCUCAGAAAAAAAAACUCAGUGAGGGACAGAUCAUCCUUGUGGUAAUUACAGUAUGUCAGGCAGGAAAUCCAAAUGUUCGCCUAUCAUCCAUCAACCUUAAAUAUGGCUUAUUAUUUGAAACGUAAGUAGUAGCAACUUUACGUGGCUGCUCGCUCUAACGAUAACUUAAUGUACGCUAUUAUUAGGCACAUAUCAAAGUGUUUGUGAGAAGCGUGGAAGCUGAAGUAUAGCGCUAAUUGUAAGAUAUGAAGGCACCGGUGUGAUCACUUGCAUUUUUUCCUGAUAACAGCGGAAAGAACUUAAAAUACUCCCAUCAUUUAUGGUCGUACCAUAAAAAAAGAUUGACAGCGCACCUUCACUCUCUUCCAGUGUAGAAAAGUAAAGCCGCCAAAUAUGGCGCUGACAUCUUGGAACCCGAGUCUGCGCAGUAGUGAGCAUGAAGUGGAGCCGCGGUAUUUAAAUUUAUGUGAACUGUAAUUCGAUUGUUUAGUUUGUCUCACGGGCGGGGUUUAUGAGCAAUACUGCAUCCAGCCACCUGGGGGUGAUCGAAAUAUUUUGGCUUCGCUUUUCAGGACUUGUUCAGCACACUUGGGUCAUACAGAUAAGACUAAUACACCAUUUGAAACUGUAAAGGGUCUACUUUUAUUUGUGUACACUCACAAUAACAACAAAACUUUGAGCUUUUGUAAAAUAAAGAAAACAAACAGGAAUGCGCUUUCUGCCGUCUCGGUCUCCGUGAACUGGAGCGCGUCACAAAAAUGGUCUGAAACUCAGCGUUUACUUGCCUCACAGACAUGAGAAAUAUAUUUAUAGAAAGCUUGAAAUGUCUACUUUUAAACAAGCCAAUUCAAAUACUCUGAUUAUGUAAUCUGUAUGAAAAGUGCAUUUAUCUCUAUAGGCGCGUUCACUAUAUACUGCGGAGAUGAUAAUCAGCAUCGUCAACUUCAUCUGUGCAGCCGACACUAACUCAGAAAACACUAGUUUAUUAAUAAACAAUUAAAAUGUCUCCUUGCUAUUUUUUCUGACACAUUUAUAAUCAUUACUUUUGCCUGUGAUUUGCAGCAAGCUUUAUGCGUUCGCUUGAGCGCGGAAAAGGCUAUAUUACGCCUAUAUAUUAAUUAUAUAUAUAUAUAUAUAUAUUAAAUGCUCAUUAUGGUUUAGUAUUCUCCUCAGUAUAUAUUUAAGUAAAUAAAUUAACUAUUAACUAAUGGCUUAAAUGAAUGACUGCUAGUCGACUAGAGAAAUCUUUAGUCGGGGGCAGCCCUACUGAUUGGCUAGUUUUGAAACCACAAAUCAACUCUUUUUCUUUUAUAUCAAUCUUUUCAGCGGUCUUGCACAUGGCAUCAACUUUUUUAACUCAAACUUUUAAACGUUCCUCAAAACGUCCCUCGAGGAUGUUGGUCUAUAUGGUGCUGGAUGUUUGAUUUUUGUACGUCUUUUUAUGUAGACACGCCUGUGCCUACAUGGAUAAAAUGCUGUCCUCACAGUGAACGCAUGGCAUGAUGGUCAUGAAAAUACUCUUAAUGAACACCUAAAGCUGUGCCUUCAUUAACAAACCUGCGCAUGGGACGUAGCUCCAUGUCUAAUCAUUAUCUGUUGAACUAUUUAUCAGUUAUUUAAAAACCAAACUGCUGUGCCACCAAAUAUAUGUUCACACGCAUGUGUUUUGUAAAAUCUGAUCUGAUUGUUAAUGCUUUAUUUAUGUAUUUUCAGAUUCAGCCAAAGCAAUGCCAUCUUAAAAACUGAAUCCUUUGUCUUUUAUACGUGUGUUGUUUUGAAAUCUUCACCGCAGUGUUUUGUUUUGACCAUGUUUGUCCUCUGUGUUUUUUCUGAUGAGCAGGUGAGCUUCUCUUAAAAUGUUUGGAUGGUAAAUAUCUGCGUCAAUCCCUGUUAUCAAUAAACAACCGUCUUUUGA